AUGUUUGGUAUCCUGAGCAAGGGUGGGCAUAAGAUAAAGGGCACUGUGGUGUUGAUGCCCAAGAAUGUGUUGGACUUCAACGCUAUCACCUCCAUUGGUAGCGGCGGUGUCGCCGGCACUGUCGGCGGAAUCUUGGGCGGCGUCACCAACGCAGUUGGCGGAGUCAUUGAUGCUGCCACUGCCUUCCUAGGGUCUAAUGUUUCCAUGCAAUUGAUCAGUGCUACUCAGAGUGAUGGAGGAAAAGGGAAAGUUGGAAAGGAAGCAUAUUUGAAUAGUCAUCUUCCCAACUUACCAACGUUGGGAGCAAGGCAAGAGGCAUUCAGUAUUUACUUUGAAUGGGAUACUAAUUUUGGAACCCCAGGAGCAUUUUACAUCAAAAACUUUAGGACUGAUGAGUUUUUCCUCGUCAGUGUAACUCUUGAGGAUGUUCCAAACCGUGGAACCAUUUACUUUGUCUGUAACUCCUGGGUUUAUAACUUCAGAAGUUACCAAAAGAAUCGAAUUUUCUUUGUCAAUGAUACAUAUCUUCCAAGUCAAACACCACCUGCUCUUGUUAAGUACAGAGAAGAAGAAUUGGAGACUUUAAGAGGAGAUGGAACAGGGCGACGCAAGGAAUGUGAUAGGAUCUAUGAUUAUGAUGUGUACAAUGAUUUGGGUAACCCAGAUGGUGGUGAUCCUCGCCAAAUCCUUGGAGGCUCUAGCAAUUUUCCAUAUCCCAGCAGGGUUAGAACCGGUAGAGACAAGACCAGAAAAGAUCCCAACAGUGAGAAAAGGGGUGAGGUUUAUGUUCCAAGGGAUGAAAAUUUCGGUCACUUGAAGUCAUCGGAUUUCCUUACAUAUGGAAUAAAAUCCUUAUCUCAGAAUGUGCUACCUUUGUUAAAAUCUGCAAUUUUUGACCUAAGGGUCACAUCAAGUGAGUUCGAUAGCUUCGACGAUGUGCGUAGUCUCUUUGAAGGUGGCAUUAAGCUACCAACAGAUAUUCUGAGCCAAAUUAGCCCCUUACCAAUCCUCAAGGAAAUCUUCCGAACUGAUGGUGAAAAUGUCCUUCAAUUUCCACCACCUCAUGUAAUCAGAGUUAGCAAGUCUGCAUGGAUGACUGAUGAUGAAUUUGCAAGAGAGAUGAUUGCUGGUGUAAAUCCAAACGUAAUUCGUCGUCUGCAAGAAUUCCCACCAAAAAGCACACUUGAUCCUACAAUCUAUGGUGAUCAAACUAGUACAAUAACAAAAGAACAGUUGGAGAUUAACACUGGUGGAAUCGCAGUAGAUGAGGCAAUUAGUACAAACAGAUUAUUCAUACUAGAUUACCAUGAUGCAUACAUGCCAUAUUUGACGAGGAUAAACAACCUACCAACUGCAAAAGCUUAUGCUACAAGGACAAUCCUAUUCUUGAAAGAUGAUGGAUUUUUAAAGCCGCUUGUUAUCGAAUUAAGCAAGCCACAUCCUGGUGGAGACAAUUUAGGUGCUGUGAGUAAAGUCGUGUUGCCUGCAAUUGAUGGUGUUGAAAGUGUAAUCUGGCUGUUGGCCAAAGCUCAUGUAAUUGUGAAUGAUUCUGGCUAUCAUCAGCUCAUAAGUCAUUGGUUAAAUACUCAUGCUGUGGUAGAGCCAUUUGCCAUAGCAACUAACAGGCAUCUCAGUGUGCUUCACCCCAUUUAUAAACUUCUCUAUCCUCACUACCGUGACACCAUAAAUAUCAAUGGUCAAGCCAGGCAAUCCCUGAUCAAUGCAGGUGGCAUUAUUGAGCAAACAUUUUUGCCUGGAAAGUACUCCAUUGAGCUUUCCUCUGUUGUUUACAAGAAUUGGGUUUUCACUGACCAAGCAUUACCAGCUGAUCUUGUCAAGAGGGGAUUAGCAGUUGAGGAUCCCUCUGCUCCACAUGGCCUUCGCCUUCUGAUAGAGGACUACCCUUAUGCUGUUGAUGGACUAGAAAUAUGGGAUGCUAUUAAAUCAUGGGUCCAAGAGUAUGUGUCCUUGUAUUACCCAACAGAUGCAGCAGUUAAACAAGAUACUGAACUACAAGCUUGGUGGAAAGAAGUUGUAGAGAAGGGUCAUGGUGACUUAAAAGAUAAGCCUUGGUGGCCCAAAAUGGAAACUACAGAAGAUCUGAUUAAAUCUUGCUCCAUUAUCAUAUGGACAGCUUCUGCUCUUCAUGCAGCUGUUAAUUUUGGACAAUAUCCUUAUGGAGGUUACAUCGUGAACCGUCCAACUCUCAGCAGAAGAUUUAUCCCAGAACCAGGAACCCAAGAAUAUGAUGAGAUGGUGAAGAAUCCUCAAAAGGCUUAUCUGAAAACAAUCACACCCAAGUACGAGACCCUUAUUGACCUUUCAGUGAUAGAGAUAUUGUCAAGGCAUGCUUCUGAUGAGGUCUACCUUGGGGAGAGAGAUAAUCCAAAUUGGACAACUGAUUCAAAGGCACUACAAGCUUUCAAAAAGUUUGGAACCAAACUGGCUGAAGUUGAAGGAAAGAUCACAGCAAGGAACAAUGAUCCAAGUCUGAAAAGCCGAUAUUGGCCAGUUGAGCUGCCAUACACAUUGCUCCUUCGUUCAAGUGAGGAAGGAAUGACUUUCAGAGGAAUUCCCAACAGUAUCUCCAUCUAA